AUGCCCAAAUCAAAGCGCGCGAAGGUAGUGCACCUCACCAAGACCGACAAGAAGGGCAAGGAGCUGUCGCAGAAGCUUUUCGCCAAUGUCCAGGAAGCGGCGGACAACUUUGAGCACAUUUUCGUCUUUGCCGUCGAGAAUAUGCGCAACUCGUACCUGAAGGAAGUGCGCGCUGCGUUCUCUGACAGCCGUUUCUUUUUUGGCAAGACCAAGGUCAUGGCAAAGGCGCUCGGCCAAACGCCUGCGGAAGAGCACCUCACCAACCUCUCCAAACUGACCGAAUACCUCGCCGGCAACGUUGGUCUCUUCUUCACGAACCGCGACCCGUCUGAGAUCAUCGAGUACUUUGGCGCAUACUCGCAGACCGACUUUGCGCGCGCCGGCGUCACUGCGAGCCAAACUUUCACAAUUCCUGCCGGUGUGGUACACUCAAGAGGCGGAGAAAUUCCAGAAGAAGAAGAUGUAGCGCUACCGCACAGCGUCGAGACCACAAUCAGGAAAUGGGGCAUGCCAACGAGGCUCGACAAGGGAAAGAUCAUGCUCGACGCGCCCUACACAGUGUGUACCGAGGGCGAGACCAUGAACAGCCACAAGACUGCGCUGCUGAAGAUGUUUGGCGUGGCCAUGGCAGAGUUCAAGAUCGAUCUCAAGGCAUACUACUCCACCUCAUCAGAGUCGGUGACCGAGGUUGGAGCCAUGGAGGAAAAUAAGCUGUAUGCAUCACGAUGGCGUUUGGGCGGCGUUCAACUUGGCCAGGGAAAAUUCAUGGGAACCUCAGAUUCGUCUCUGAAGGGUAGGAUCUUUUGAUGAGCAGUCUAUCUACAAUAUACCCGUUCUUCACGACCCUCGCGAGAACUCCUGUCCUCUCACUAGCUUACUGCAGCUAUUCUAGAAGUCCGCAAUUUCUUGUGGCCUGAAUGGUUGUUGGUUCUUCUUCCAACAUGACCUCUCCCAGCUUGUUUUCAAUUUCCUCCUUUCAACACAGCACUUUCCCUGAAGGGCCCAUGCCAGGAGUUCAUCCUCACACACUUUGCCCAUAUAUUGUCUACAACAUUGCCAAUCCAGCCAACACUCCUCCCACUAUCGCGCCAACUACACCAGGAACGUUCUCAGCAGCAGCGCCGGUGCUCUGUGCAGGUGCCGAUGCCGAUGAUGAAGCCGACGGGGUGCGGGAGGCCGAAGUCGAACUCGAGCUCGAGAAGGAGGACGAGGAUGAGUGGGAGGUGCUCGAUGAUAGCUUUGUCGAGGACAUGGUUCCGUUUCUGGACGCAAUCCCGGAGAGAGUAGGAAGCACUGAUCCAGACGAUGCACCAGACGUAACGACGGAGCCAGAGGCAGACAAUGUGCGCGAUGGUACAAACGUAGGCGUUCCGACCGAAGUAGGUGCGGCGGUACUGAGAGUU